AUGAGCAAACAGAAGAAUAAGAAAACAGCUUGUGCUGUUAAGUUGGCCGUUCUUGGCUGUGGUUCGUUAUCAUUGGAGCGAUUCUUGAUGACGUCGCUGGGUGGAAUGGGAAUCGAGCGAGUAUUGUCUGUCGAUAUCGAUGAAGAUGAACUAGCUAAAGGUUUAAAAUUACUCAACGUGGAACACAUUCCUAAAGCAGACGCAACACGAUUCGUUCGGUCAGUGCUUCUGAAUGUUCAGCCGGAAUUAUUCAUCAUUUCAACACCAAAUCAUGACUAUAACGAAGCUUUUGGUCUUCCGCGUGGCCAGUUUCGCCACGAUGAUCACAAGUUCGAGUUUUCUCGACAGGAUUUUCGAUUGUGGUUGCACGGAAUUAUCAGUGAGUUUGCGUCCCUUUAUGACUAUGAGAUCGACUAUGUAGGAAAUGUUCAUAACUUCACUCGUCUUGGAGGUGCUACGCAAUUUGGAACAAUUUUUCGGAAGCAAAUGAGUUCGGCGCAGAUGGUACAACAUCCUAGCGCAAAGGUUUAUAAAAAGGUUGGAGAAACGGUAUUGAAAAAUUCCCUGUUUAUACUGGAGCGCGAAACGAUAAAACAAGCGUUCAUACUUUGGUUGCAGAAUAACAAACUGUUGAAAGAUCAUUUGAUUCAGAAUUCCAACGGUAGUUUUUGGCGAGUGGACGUGGAUGAGGUUAUACAAAAUGUUAAACUUCCAGCACAACUGAAGAGCCAACUCGAUAAGAGGGCGAUAGUGUAA